AUAUUAUUAUCUGAAGAUCUUCCUCGACUUAUUUUUAUUAGUUACGUGAUAGUUGGCCAUUCAUACACAAGUAUGAUUGCGAAUUUUAUUCUGUGGUUCCUGAUACUUUGCUUUCUAUUACUAUGUAUAUAUUCGUAUAGAAAAUAUAAUUAUUGGAAAGAUCGCGAUAUCCCAUAUGACAAGCCCUAUCUAUUUUUCGGUAACUUAGUGUUUAUCAUGAGAAGAAGUGUUUGGGAUUAUUGUUUCGAAUUGAAAAAGAGACAUCCGCUAGAUUAUGUUGGAAUAUUUCUGGGUUGGAAGCCAGUGUUGAUGGUACAAACACCCGAACUUGCGAGAAAGAUACUCAGUAAAGAUUUCGAAUACUUUCAAGAUAGAUUCCUAUAUUCAAAUGCAACGGAUCCUAUUGGUUCCCUUAAUUUGUUUACUGUAAAGAAUCCGAUAUGGAAGAAUAUGAGAUACGAGCUCUCUCCUAUGUUCACAUCAAUGCGUCUAAAGAUGAUAACCGAACUUAUGAACCUCAAUGCAAAAGAAUUGGUUAUGAAGAUUAAAAGAGAUAACAUCGAUAAAAAGAAAACUGUCGAUCUCAAGGAAUUAUUUUCGAUGUACACAUCAGAUACUGUGGCUUAUACUGUAUUUGGAAUACGAGUUAGUAUUUUAAAUGACCAGAAUUCACCGUUGUGGUACAUAACAAGUCACAUGGUCAAAUGGACAUUCUGGCGUGGUUUGGAAUUCACUUUAAUUUUUCUCAUGCCCGCAAUAGCUGCUAUUUUAAGGCUGAAAUUUUUCUCUGCGGGAGCUACUGAAUAUGUAAAAAUGCUUUUCUGGAAUGUUGUUGAAGAACGUAAAAAAGCUAAAAAUGAAAAUUAUAAAGAUUUAGUAAAUCAUUUACUAAAACUGAAAGAAAAUUUGAAACUACCAGCCGAUGCUGGCUCGGAAUUGGCUGACAAUAUCAUGUUGGCGCAAGCUGCUGUAUUUAUUUUGGGUUCUAUUGAAACUUCAUCUACUACUCUCAGUUAUUGUCUUCACGAAUUGGCUUAUCAUCCGGAAGAACAGGAAAAGCUUUACAAUGAAAUCUCAAAAGCGGUAAACGAAAAUGGAAAAGACAUUUUGGAUUACAAUAAUUUGGUGGAACUGAAGUAUCUAACGGCAUGUCUUCACGAAACUAUGCGAAAACACACUCCAGUACCAUAUUUAGAUCGAUUAUGUCAGAAGGAAUAUACAUUGAACGAACACGUAACAAUUGAAAGGGGUGUACCAGUGUUUAUAAACGUACUCGCAAUACAUUACAAUGAGAAAUAUUUCCCUGACCCGGAGCAAUGGCGACCAGAGCGUUUCACCUCUUACUCCGAGGGCGACAACCUUAACUUCACUUUCCUACCCUUUGGCGAAGGACCACGAUUUUGUAUAGGUAAAAGGUACGGAAUGAUGCAAAUGCGAGCAGCGCUGGCCCAGUUGAUACUCCAUUACAAAAUAGAGCCGGGAGUGCCAUAUCCAGUAGCGUCUGAUCCCUACGCUGUUCUGUUGGCACCUAAAUCUGAUUUGAGCGUAAAGUUUAUCGCACGUUAGUGAAAAGUGGUACAGGGUUUUAUUUUACUAGCUUGCUUCUUUAAAAACGAAUCAAAAGAAUUGAGUUUGGCAAACUAUAACGCUCCGCUUCGUUGGAUUUCUUAGUUCAGGCCUGUCGGUGGAAGCAUCCUGGUUUGAAUUCGAUUCUCUCUCCACCCACUCAUUAUCCAUUAUAUUUUGUGUUUGUUAGUCGGUUGUGCACGGAUAUUGUAAGCGACCUGAAAAAUGGCAUUAUGCUACUUUUUACCCUGUGAAAUCAAAGAGUUCUCACAGGAUUUUUAAGCAUCUAAAACCAGACAAACGAAGUCGCUGACAUCGUCCAGUAGUCCUAAUAAAUAAAUAAAGAACAAGACAAAAAUGGAGAGGCUCUUCUCAGUUUUAAAGAGGACAGUAGGCACUAACAACCGAAAUUAAAGAACUGAACACACAUCUGUGACCUAAAACAAAUAUAA